GGUUCCAAUGAAAGAGUACGGAAGCGCGCGAUCAGAAUUGACAGACGGAGUCCAUUGGAGUAUGGUGAGUGAAGUUUUGUUGUGAAAUCGAUAAAUUUCUUUUACUGUUCAUUCAGAACAUUUCUCCGUUUUUUGACGACGCAUUUCAACCGGAAGUGAGAUCUUUUUCAUUUUAAAAUAAAUUGACAAUACCCAAUUUGUAUUUCUUAGUCUCUUUCUUUAUUAUAGAGACAAUUUGCCCAAAAAUCUGGGCAAAAAUACCGCUCAAGAAUGAAAAAAUCCACUUCCGGCUGACGUGCGUGGCUCAAAAACGUCUUUGCUUAAGUUCACUAAUCUCAAUCGACAGGCUAAUUCUUCAUAUCCAGUAAUGGUUGACCAAAUUUGAAAGGUGUUAGCUGUUAACAUUACAAUUCAAUUGAAUCAUAACAGUAUCGACUAAAAAUAAGUGUAGAAAAAGGGGCAAGAUUUGACGUUAUGCGAAGAAGAAUUAUCUGAAGUAUUCUCUGAAAAACAUAAAAUACGUCUUAACCUGCCUUCUCGUCCUAAUACUACCGAGGGAGGGUGAAUGAUUUACAGACUGGAACUUCAGUACAUGGAUCGAGGUAAGCAUGAUAUUGUGAGCUAAAAAUGAUUUGAAUCAAUAAUGAAAAUUAUUAGAUGACGGUGAGUUUGAUUGAAAGAAUUAUGUUAAUCGUGUAAGGCGUUAUCAGACGUACUACGGUCUGUGAUCAUCAUCUCCCAUUUCAAGUUGAAUCUGAUAAUCGACCAUCGUCAUACGGUUAUUGCUUAAGAUUAUUUGUUAAGAGAUAAAAAAACUGAUUUGACUGUAAAAUACAGUUGUUUAACCUCUUUUCGUUUCCUUACAGCAAUGCUUAAACAUCUUUUAGGAGACCCGAAGGGAAAUCGUAAGUGCAUACUUUUAUUAGUCACUUUCAUUGUUGGGGAAUUAGCUAACGUUUUUUCACUAAGCUACUUCCUCGGUCUUUAUUCCGCUCAACCAAAUCUAAAAGCAAAAUUAAACAGAAAGACCAUGACCAUCCUCUACUCUUUUCAAGAGUAAGUAUCAUGGUAAGGCCCACCAGGCGUAAAAAAGAUAAGUUAGUGCACAAUGUCUUGAGUAUCUUAACCGAAACAAGGAGUGCUUACCAUUUACGCAAUCCACCCAUGUUGGAAAUCUUGUGCAUAAACAUAUACAUCGAAUGUAUAGAUUUAGCCAGGGCUAAAAGCGAAGCUCUGGUUAAUAAUACGUGUAAACAAAAAAAUUAAAUCGUGUAAUGCUAAACGGGGACAGCAAUGAAAAUGGCUUCAAGAUUAAUAGAUCUAAUUAGAAAAAAAAAACAAAUUGCACGUGCAGCGCACUUUUUCUUCUAAUUAGUAAAAACCAAAUUUGCACGUGCAGCACGCUUUUUUUGUCUUUCUAUUGCCGUUGUUUUGCACGAAUACAUCGCUGUUUUGCAGACUAAAACGUCAAACUUCCUAGUUACACAUUAUUUUUAUGGAGGAAUUGUCGUAUGUGCUUACCCAAUAUUUUGUUUCCUGUGUUCAUGUUCGCUGUUACUUUUCCCUGCCGCUCAUUUUCACCUUGCUGGCCGCUAGCAUUUCUCAUUUUCUCACCGCCGCUUUGAAUUUCCAUGUGUUUCUUCCUACGAAAUUCGUCUCCUUUCUUUUCAAUAACUCGCUCCAGCUCUUUCUCUGUUAUCCACGUUAGUGUAAACAUAAAAAAUAAUGCCGAAAAAGACACGACUUUCUUGUUGUUGUUUCUUUCUAAAAGUCCUGGCGGCCAUGUGUUAGACCUAUUCGGUUUACCCAAUGUUGUACCCAAUUCAAAUCUCCCGGGGAUAAGAUUCUUUGUGUGCUGUAUUUGCAUUAUAAUGUGGCAUUCACAUUUAAAUGAUAUGGAAAUUCCUGAAACAAAACGUUUUAUUCCCAAAGGGUUUGAAUUGGGUACAACAUUGAGUUAGCCGAAUAGGUCUAUUUCCGUCCAAAUAAAACCUCUAGUUGCAUUUGGGUUGCCAUACCUGUUGAUUGAGUUAUUUUACAUUGGUAUGCCUGUGGUGCGGACUGACGGUCGGGCGGUCGGUCGGUCGGUGCACGGUCACGUGAUUACCAAAUUUUCUCGGAUUGGUAGAUUACUACAUUUCCUUAGUUAUGGGGCUCCGCGCGUGGAGCUAUUGAAUUUUACUUGGUGGUAAAACGACCCGCUACAAAGUAUAUCCAAAUUAUUUGAACAGGUUAAAAAGAGUUUUUAAAUUCCAUCGCCUGAAACGACAGCCUAUAAUGUCAGAAGCUUCCCAAACGGAAUGACGCGUACCAUUUUAUUUUUUAACUGGAAUUUCCGGUCUUCCCAUCAUGAAAUGGUAAGUGCCCAAGGUUUUACUGACGGUCGUCAAGACCCUCGUUGGUGGGUCUGACUGAAAUUAAAUCUACAACCUCAGGCAUAGCUGGAAAGCUUCCUACCAACUGUACUUAUUGUUGCCGAAACCUCUAAGUCAUUAUCAAGUCUCAUCGCGGCGGCGCCAGUAGGUGCAUGAGGCCUCGAAACCUCUCAGUGUUAUCGUGUUUAUAAUUUCUCCAAAGUAAAACCCAGCAAGAUUCCUUAGAUCACUUACUACGCGUUAUUGUCUCUAUCUACAGCAAAAACAGCGAAGGCUAUACAUGGGGAAAAGAGGACAACAAGGCUACACCGUUUAUGUUCUGGUAAAAUAAAAAUGAGAGAUGAAUGGACAAAAGACAAAUCGAUUUAUGACAAAAUUAUAUGCGGGAUGUUCACUAGAAAAGACGAGUACAUGAAGCAUGAGGAUCGUGUAGCAAGGUUACUGGCAGGACAGUCAGGGAAAAAGAGUCUUAAGGAGCAGAAGGACGAACUUAUCAGAGCCGUAAAUCAAAUGGUGAAUGCCGCUGGACCCAUUCCUAUCUUAAAGAUCAAAGGAUAA